GGAGGAGUUUUCACAAAAAACUUCCUCUCCAUUUAGUUCCUGCGAAAAUGGGAAGCCUCCCUCCCCUGGAGCAAGAGAAGCAAGCCGGCUUGAAGAGCUUGGAGUUUCUCAGCAGCAACGACAAGCAGAGUGCUUACUCCGCAGCAGAGUUGGAGGCCGGGCACUGCGCGGAGGGAGGCUGUCCAUGCGACACCAAAGCUGCUGCUCACUCGGCUGGCCAGUCAAGUUUCUUCCAGGCCGUUGUCAAUUCUUUCGUGCUGCUGAUCGGCCUGGGAACUCUCUCCUCUGCCUAUGCGAUCGAGAAGGCCGGAUUCUUUGGUUUGCUGGUGCUAUGCAUCACUGCAGCGUUCUACUGGAUCGGCUCCAAGCUGAUAGUCAUUUGCAUGGAAGCGGACAAGAGCCUCAUGAACUACCAAGAUGUCGGGAACAAAGCCUUUCCUCGCUGGGGUCGGCUGCUCAUAACAACGUGCUUCUACAUCGACAUCCUGGGAUGCCUGGUCGGGUACCUCGUGUCCAUGGGUGACACCAUGAUGCACAUCUUUCCUCACCCUCAGCUCGACAUUCUGGGAUUCAAGGGGAAGACGCUCUUCACUCUCCUCGCCUUCUUGGUCAUCCUGCCGUCGGUGUGGUUCCGGAAGCUGAGCACCAUCUCCUACCUCUCCUUCUGGUGCGGGAUGAGCAUCAUCACGACAAUCAUCUGCCUGCUCGUCGCGGGGGUCAAGGAUCACAUUGGUUUCAGCCAGGACGUUGCCAUCUUCCGCCCGGCCAACGUUCCAAUCGCUACAGGGGUCUACACCUUCACUUUCGGAGCAACCGCCGUGUUUCCGAGCGUUUACAAAUCCAUGAAGAACCCCAGCAGAUUCACCGAGGUGAUGACACUGAGCUUCUCCAUGGCAGCACUGCUCAACGUCAUUGUUGGCAUCAUCGGCUCGGUCAUGUUUGGAGCAAUGACUAAAGCCCAAGUCCAUCUCAACAUGCCACCGGCGCUCAUCGCCUCCAAGGUAGCAAUCUGGGCCACUCUCCUCACUCCGGUCACUCAGUUCGCGCUCUUCCUCUCGCCAAUCUCUUGUGAGCUGGAGCAGGUCAUGAUCAAGUAUCUGCCGUGGAAGGCCGAGUCGCGGAUGACCUCUGGAGCCUGCAUCAUGCUCCGGACAACGCUGCUCAUCGCCAUCGCCAUGGGAGCUCUGCUCUUUCCGUACUUCGCCAACAUCAUCGAGCUCAUAGGAUCUUCGGUGAGCGUAACGCUCUGCGUUAUCUUCCCCGGCGUCUUCUACUUGAAGCUUUUCUCCCACAAGAUUCCCAAGUCGCGGUUUGCCGGCAUUUGCGUGGUGAUUGGCGUGAGCGCCUUGGCGGGGGUCGCGGGCACCAUUGUUUCCAUCCAGGACUUGAUACACAAGUAAGAGAACUUUCUCUUGGUUUCUUUUAUAUCGGCCAGGAGGAACCAAGAGGAACCAAGAGGAGAGAAAGAAGAAAAGAACUAACUGGUAUUCUCGUGUUAAUAGAUGAUAAGAGCAGAUUCAAUACUGGAUGUUCUUUGAUUUUGUUUGGUAUUAAAACCAUUUAAAUGAUUAAACCAA